GACCCCACUUUUCCUCUUCUUAUUCUCAAGUCUCAAUGUUUGUAGCUGCCAAAGCUAUCUGCAUUUUUCUGGCAAUUCAAAGAGAUUAAGCAAAUUGUCAUGGAUUCAAGAAGCAGCAUUAUGAAAUUCUACAUUCUUGCCUUACAUACAUAUCAAGUGCUAGCCUCAAGUCCCUUUGGUUUAAGAGAAAAUGCAGAUAGAGCCAGGAUAACUCCUAGCCUUGGAGGUUACCAGCGUUUACGACUCCUGCAGGUUGAAUCAACUAGUCCAGAAAACUCUUUUCCAUACGGAAUUUAUACUUCUCCUCCUCCUCCUCUUUCCGGAGUUGUACCACCAACAAGUCCACAAAUUAACUCUCCUCCAUUAGGGGUAUCCACUCCUCCUCCUACUCCUUCGAAGUCCGUGCCACCCAAUCCACAAAUUAACUCUCCUCCAUUAGUGGUAUCCACUCCUCCUCCUCCUUCGAAGUCCGUGCCACCCAGUCCACAAAACUCUUCUCCAUAUGGGACAUUCACUCCUCUUACUCCUGGUGCUAUGCCAACACCUUUACUUCCCACUUCUCCACCACUACCAUCUCCAAGUGCACAAACCCCACAGCAUAAUGCACCUAAGCCACCAGCAGUUAAUCAGCCACCACCGAAUAGUAAUCAUUCAUCAUCACCACCAACUCCUCCAAAGAAACCUGAAAAUGCUGUUUGGUGUGUGGCCAAGCCAACGGUACCAGCAGACUUGAUUCAGCAAGCAUUGGACUAUGCUUGUGGUUCUGGUGCUGGUUGUGAUGCCAUACAACCCAAUGGGGCGUGUUACCAGCCGCCUACUCUGCUUUCUCAUGCUUCUUAUGCUUUCAAUAACUACUGGCAGAAGAAGAAACAGGGAGGAGGAACUUGUGACUUUGGUGGCACUGCCAUGCUCGUCACUGUUGAUCCAAGUUAUGAUCAGUGUCGUUUCACGUACAACUAAUCUUGGAAGACAACACUUGAGAUCAAGAGGACUGUACAACAAUGCCAUGUUCUAUUUUUCGUGUUACUCAAGUCGUUAAAUUUGUUCUAUAUUUAAUAGGUUAUGAUCAGUGUCGUUUCAUGUACAGUUAAUCUUGGAAGACAACACUUGAGAUCAAGAGGACUGUACAACAAUGCCAUGUUCUAGACCAGAUGGACACUAUGUUUUUGCAUAUGUUAUUUUUGUUUACUACUAAGGACUGAAAGACACUAGUUUCUUUUUUGUUUCAUCGUUCUUUUUUCUUAUUCUUACUUAUUUAAUAUAGAGGAACUCUAUGGUUAUGUA